AUGACUAAGCUUCCGUAACUCAAGCCAAGCGCGAGUCAUAUGAAUCGCAUUCCGACUGCGUGUAUCCUGCCCAUCCCGAACUUCGGUAGACCACAACCGACGCUAUACAGUAUGAAUUCGAGUGCGAAGCGGAAGCAUGAAAGCGCUGCCAAAGGUGCUCACAAGGCACCAAAAUUGGGUGGUGCCGGAGGUAAUGGAGGCAAAAUGUCGUUCGCACAGAAAAUGAUGGCGAAGAUGGGCUACCAAGAAGGACAGGGUUUGGGCAAAGAAGGAGAGGGUAUCGUCAACCCGAUCGAGGUCAAAUUACGACCGCAAGGUGCGGGUGUCGGAGCGGUCAAAGAACGUACAGAGCAAUACAAGCAGGAGCAGAGGCGAGCUGCUGAGCGGCGGGGUGAGGACUACGAAGGAAGCAGUGAAGAAGAGAGAAAAGCGCGACGAGAACGGAAAAGAAAGCUUCACGGUAUGAAAGGUGUUGGUAGCGGCACCAGCACCCCUGGAGCGGAGGGGAAGCUGAAGACCAGGUAUAAGACAGUGGCGGACGUACAAGCGGCUGCACCGGGUCUAGAUGUGCCGCCCCAGAUGCUGCGCUCCAUGGUUGAUGCGACGGGAAAGCAAACCAAGCUUUUGACGGACUUUGCCGGCCUUAUGACUUCAGCUUCGGCUCCUGUAGACACUGAGGAGGUGAAGAUUGCAGAGCGAGAGCGGCUCGAACUGGAAGCAUUCAUCGACGCCUGGCACGGGGUGCAGGAACAGAAGAUUUACGUCGAGGAACACGAAGGCCAACAGCAGGUGGAAAUCGAGCAAGAAAAGGAGGAGCUCGAGAAACUGCAGGCUGUCACGCAAGCCAUUGAAAGUCUGCAAUUGCAACCUGACGAGGGUUUAGAAAGCACGAUCGAUGACGCCUCAUGGCAGCAGACGCUGGAGAAGCUUGAGUGCCUUCAGAGGACAUACGAGCAUAACGUUGAGCGCUACGGCUUGGUUGAUGCUGCCAUUGGCGCCAUUGCGCCUACUUUCAAGCGAAGCAUUGCCGGAUGGGAUCCUCUGCAAGAGUCAAACGUGCUUGUGAGCGACUUGCUGCGCAUCAAGGCUAUCCUUGGCCUCGAGAGUACGCACGAGGUCGCCACAGUGAAUGGUCAUGCAGACAUUGACGACCUGAGUGGGAAGCCUCGGCGGCAAACAGCGACUUCUUCUUAUGAGACACUUAUCUAUACGGUCUGGCUGCCAAAGAUGCGCAUGAUCGUAACGAAUUGGGAUGUACUGGACUACAAUACUCUUAUUGCUGUAGUACAAGCGUGGCGGCCACUACUCCCGGCCUUUAUCUACGGCAAUCUGAUUGACCAGCUGAUAGUGCCGAAGCUCGCCACUACCUUGCAGACUUGGAAUCCAAAAAAGCGUAGUCAUCAUCAAAAGCAGCAGUCACUGCAAAGUACACCACUUCACACCUGGAUAUUCCCAUGGCUCCCAUAUCUGCCUCCGUACCAGCUUGAUGCCAAGGCAUCGAGUGGUCUGCUUGUGGACGUGAAACGUCGGCUGCGGCAAGUCCUAGGCGGCUGGAAUAUCUCAUCAGGCAUACUGCCAGGUUUGACGGAGUGGCGAGAUCUGCUAGGCUCUGAGUUCGAUCAUAUCCUUGUCCGCCACCUUCUGCCCCGGCUAGCUUUACACCUUUCGCAGAAGUUUGACAUCGACCCAUCCAACCAAGAUCUAAGGCCGCUUGAGGAUGUGCUGAAGUGGCAGUUUUCAUUCAAACCAGACAUCAUUGCACGUCUGUUCGUUGCAGAGUUCUUCCCCAAGUGGCUCGCAACGCUCCAUUUGUGGCUCACCACAGAAGAUGCCAACUUCGAAGAGAUUGCGCAGUGGUUCGAGUGGUGGAAGGAGCAAAUUCCGGAAAGGCUGUCAUUGCACCCGGAAGUUCUCAAGCAGUGGCAGCAAGGUAGAGCAAUGAUGGACAAUGCUCUUGAUCUGCUCGACCAAGGCACUCCGCUUACGCAGCUGCCUGCUCCGGCCGCUGGACCCGCCAGGCCGCUUGCGCGAGAGCUUGCGCGGCAACUGGACGCGCCAAAACCCCCAGCUCUCAAGCGCCGUACUGAAGACAUAGAUUUCAAAGAUAUCGUGGAAGCAUGGUGUGCCGAAGAGGAUCUUACUCUGGUACCGCUCCGUGAAGCGCAUUCCCAAACAGGACUGCCACUAUUUCGAAUCACGGCGAGCGCGACUGGCAAGGGUGGCAUCAUCAUAUACUUCAAAGGUGACUUGGUCAUGGCGCAGAAGAAGGGUGACAGGACCAAGUACGAGCCUGUUGUGCUCGAUGAGCAGCUGGUCCGCAGGGCUGAGGGCAAGUGAGAGCCAUCCUUCCCGCCUCGUGGGAAGUUAGAUGCACCGACACGGCACUGAAAUCGGCCGCAUAAGCGGAGCUGUGCUGAAAGGUGAGACCCUCCGCUGAAGCCGCUGGAACAGAUGGUUGCCGCGUUUUUUGCUAAUGAUAUAGUGGUAGGGUCGGCUCGGCACGGUAUGUAGUUUCAAUGAAAAUGAUCGCACCUUGGCCAGAAGAGAUCUUGCUCACGACCAGCACGUCUUGGACAUUCU